UGUUUUGCUAGUAGCAAAAUAUCCGAGUGAACCUGAACGCGUCAAUACCAAUGCGGAAAUGAAAUCCAGUUCUCGUGUUGCCCUGGGAUUUAUGCUGGAAUUAUGGCUGUCUUUUUAAGUUUUACUGUACCGCACCGCAGGACGAAAAUGCGGUAAAACGGGUUGUUGCUGCUAACCCGCAUUGUCCGGUAUUCACCGCCAAAAGGACUAACGACACUAGAUGUACAGCUUAGCGUGGUUGACUCUGUACCUCCAAUGAAAUACUGACUGGGAAAACAGUAGAAAAUGGCUCAAAAGGAACUGAAGGAGGCCUUUGUUGCUAAUCUCAACGGGACUCGUUUGGAGGAGGUGGUGCUGGGAUCAUUUCUUAGCCCACUGUGCUUCAUCAUCAGAGGGUUCCUCUUGAUUCUCUACUACCAGACCAGAGGGACUGUAGCGCUGCCUCUACCCCCGUUCUCCCACAUGCUCCUCGAUGUGUGUGUGCUGGUGUUUCCUCUGGUCCUGUCAUGCACUGUUCUGAGCAGCAUCCUCCACCAAGUCAUUCUUAGCCUCAUUUUCCUUUCUGCUGGUCUCUUUUACUGGAUUUAUGUCAACACUGAUCGGUCGGUUCAGAAACCUGCCAGCAGUUUCCUUCAGACUCCCGUUCAGUGUGACCAAGUGCCCUUUGUGACUCUCUUCCGUGUCUUUGUGAAUGUUAAAACAGCUAUCAGCAUCCUGGCAGUGGACUUUCCCAUCUUUCCGAGGCGAUACGCUAAAACAGAAACCUAUGGGACGGGGGUUAUGGACUUUGGAGUUGGAGCAUUCGUCUUUGCUAAUGCUCUUGUGUGUCCAGAGGCACGCAGGAAGAACGUCUCAGGAUCAAGGAUGGGUCAUGUCGCAAAGCAGAUCGUGUCCGUCUGGCCCCUGCUCGCUCUUGGAUUGGCCAGGCUGGUGAGUGUCAAACUGGCCGACUACCAGGAGCAUGUGACGGAAUACGGCGUCCACUGGAAUUUCUUCUUCACUCUGGCCAUGGUUAGGAUUGUGGCCUCUGCGCUGUUGACUGUGUUACCAAGCAGACUGUUGUGGGUCUUUGCCCUUCUGUUCAGUGGAUUGUAUCAGUUCAUUUUGGAGACCUCAGAGCUCAAGACCUUCAUCAUCCACAACAACGAGAGAGAGAAGGACUUCUUGCAUGCUAACAAGGAGGGCAUAUUCUCUAUAGUCGGCUAUGUAGCCAUCUAUCUCAUAGGAGUUCAGUUUGGACUCUUUGUGAUGCAGCCAAAGUCUCAUGUUAAAGACUGGCUUAAGAUGCUUGUUAAUCUCUUUUUUAGCAGUUUUAUUCUGUACGGUGUUUUGUUUGCUUGUCAGACGUUUGUGGAGCCAGUGUCUCGCCGGCUGGCUAAUCUACCUUUUGUCAUCUGGAGUGUUGGUCAGUCUUUGCUGUUUAUGUCCUGCCUUUGUGUGGCUGAUAUGGUUUUACUGUUCUCAAAGAAGUCUUCUGGAUGUCCUUUUAUACCCUCAUCACUGAGUCUGUGCACAAAGAAGGACGAAAACGUAGAAACGAGCGGACUAGAGCGACUCUGCAUCAUCAAAGCUGUCCACAGGAAUCAGCUUCUGUUUUUCCUGCUUGCAAACCUCAUGACGGGGCUGACUAACAUGCUUGUGGACACUCUCAGUAGUGAUAGCUUCUUUUCUGUGUUGGUUCUGCUGUUGUACAUGUUUGUCAAUUGUAUCUUGGUACAUGUUUUGCAUAUCUUAGGAAUUACAGUCAAAUUCUGGUAACAUUUGGUGAAGUUCUUGAAUGUUUUCAUGCUACUGAUGUAAAUUAACUAUUUGCUCAAAAUGUGUGUUUUUUAUAUAUCUUUGUUUCAAAAGGAUCGUUCUGUUUUUGUAAAUAUAAAAUAAAUACAUUAAGGUAUUUUAUGUAUUUUCUUCAUAGGGAAACUUUAAAACUGGCAUUGGCUUCCUUUAUGAGUUUAUAAGGCUAAACAUGUAUAUUGUUCUUUUUUUCAUAUGCAUGUUCUGAAUAAAUACACCUUAAAAAAUG